CUGAUCUGAGUGUUUUUAAUCUUUCAUGGCGCAUGUCGUGUACGUUCAACGAAGAAUAAUUAUCGCUCGCAUUUGACGCAGUGCGUUAGUCUCAUAUUACAAACGGAAAAGAACGUAAUAUAGUGCCGCGUAUUACGCGAUACGCUUUCCGAGCAAGUAAUCCGUGUUAGUGCUCCGUAAAAAAGAACGCGGCGGUUAAGCACUGCAAAGAAAACUUGACAUUGGAACGGCCAUUUUGGCGUGUUGUUUCCUAAUCGAGUGCUCAGCUCAGCAUCGAUAUCCAUCCAUUUCAAGGAAAUAGAUAAUAUUUCAUCAUUUUCAAAAUGAUGACAGAAACACAUAUAAAUUCCAAUCAUGUCCUAAAUUCUGGUUUGAAUACUAAAUCAGAAAUCGACAAAAUGGACGAUGUGGGUUGGAAAGCUAAAUUAAAAAUUCCACCAAAGGACAAACGAAUUAAAACUAGUGAUGUUACUGAUACUCGUGGCAAUGAAUUUGAGGAAUUUUGCCUAAAACGAGAAUUAUUAAUGGGCAUCUUUGAAAAAGGCUGGGAAAAGCCUUCCCCAAUUCAAGAAGCCAGUAUUCCCAUUGCAUUAUCUGGUAAAGAUAUCUUGGCCCGUGCAAAAAAUGGAACUGGUAAAACUGGGGCCUAUUCAAUUCCAGUGCUAGAACAGGUUGAUCCACGAAAAGAUGUGAUUCAGGCACUAGUACUUGUACCUACUAGAGAGUUAGCUCUUCAAACAUCACAAAUCUGCAUUGAACUGGCAAAACAUAUGGAAAUAAAAGUAAUGGUAACUACUGGAGGAACAGACUUACGGGAUGAUAUUAUGAGGAUUUACCAGUCAGUGCAAGUAAUAAUAGCAACCCCAGGAAGAAUUCUCGAUCUUAUGGAUAAGAAUGUUGCAAAUAUGGAUCAUUGUAAAACUCUAGUUUUGGAUGAAGCAGAUAAACUUCUGUCACAAGAUUUUAAAGGAAUGUUAGAUCAUGUCAUUUCGAGAUUACCACACGAACGUCAGAUACUGCUGUAUUCAGCCACAUUUCCCCUGACAGUGAAACAAUUCAUGGAAAAACAUUUAAGAGAUCCAUAUGAGAUUAAUUUAAUGGAAGAACUCACAUUGAAAGGUGUAACACAAUAUUAUGCCUUUGUACAAGAACGACAAAAAGUUCAUUGUCUUAACACACUGUUUUCCAAGUUACAAAUAACACAAAGUAUAAUAUUCUGCAAUUCAACACAACGUGUUGAGUUACUUGCAAAGAAAAUAACAGAUCUUGGAUAUUGCUGUUAUUACAUACACGCGAAAAUGGCGCAGGCACACCGAAAUCGCGUGUUUCAUGAUUUCCGAGCAGGACUUUGCAGAAACUUGGUGAGCAGUGAUCUGUUUACUCGUGGUAUUGAUGUUCAAGCCGUGAACGUCGUAAUCAAUUUUGACUUUCCAAAAAUGGCAGAGACAUACCUUCAUCGUAUCGGCCGAUCAGGACGAUUCGGUCACUUAGGUAUAGCAAUUAACCUAAUCACAUACGAGGACCGUUUUAACUUACAUCGUAUCGAACAAGAACUUGGAACAGAAAUUAAACCUAUUCCAAAGGUAAUAGAUCCAAGUUUGUAUGUAGCAAGACCAGAAGACAAUAAUAGCAUGGAAGAGGGUAACGUGUCUAAGUAGUUUCGAUACAUCGUCACGAUGUUUUACAUGCGCUCAAAGAGUUUAAAGUGUUAAAUGGUGAUUGUGUGACUCGUACAUGUAAGGCAUACAUUGCUAUGCUUUGAACUCACAGAGUGAAACGUUAUCUCAGUUUGAAAAGUAUUGUCUGGGGUGUUUAACAGUGUAUAAAGACAAAACAGUGCUAUGAACAUUUAGAUAAAAAAAAAAAAAGUGGUCUAUAUAGAAAAAAAUUGAAAAUUUCAAUCAACAUCAUAGUAAAACAGCGAAAAUAUGAAUUACUUGUAAAUAAGGCAUACUGAGUAUGAAACAAUGAACUCAGUGAAUGAAGUGAUGCGAAUGCCGGUGCGAGUCAUUCUUUGUACAUAAAUACAUAUAAAUGUACAUAAUCUAAAGUGCGCGCCAGAGUCAAGCCAUUAUCAAGAGCACAACAUGUAAACAAUUAACAUAAUAAUCAUUACAUUUUACCACAAACUGUAAAUAUUACAUGUGAGUAUCUAUCAUUUUAAUAGUAAAUUUUUAUACAAUGGCUUCAUACUUCCAAGAUUUUUUGUUCUUUAAAAAAAAAAAAAAAAAAAUGUGAUGGGAUGUGUGAUUUAGAAAGAAACAGCAUAAUGAGAAUAAACUUGUAGUUGAAUGCUGUUUAUAUCUGAAUACCAUAAAUUAAUCCAUAUGCCCAUUACUUUUGCAUCACCAUAUUUUACAUAUAAAUUCUCCUUAAAUACGAUAUAAUACGAUCACAAAUUCUAAAUAUUGUAUCGAUCUUAAUGUUUGAUCAUGGCUUGAUUUUGCUACCUGUCAAUGCUGUCAUACAACUCUGAAAUUCAAAUCACUUUUCAAAAAAAGGCAAGAUUAUCUUUUCUUUCUGUAAAGUGGUAAUAGAAACUUUUUUUAACUUAAUCCGAUUUUUUUACGAAAUUGUGAUUGAGCGUCAGAGGUUGUAAAAUUGACUAGUUUUAUAUAAUUAUUUUUUAUAAAUAACUGGCUGGUGGCAUUUAUCGAAGUUAGGGAUUCAAUGUAUGAUGUCUAUUGAAUAUUUAUGUGUCUAUUGUAAUUCAAAAUCGUUCCACCAAUUAAUGUAUGAGUAAUGAAAUUAUCUAGCAAAGAUUCUUUGUUACAUUUAAGACACAUUUUAGGUAAAAAUCUAUGAAUAUAAGCAAAAAAAAUGUACAUAAUAUAGCAUAAUAAUAAUAUAUCAUUUUCUGCAACAGAUAAAAAUAACUGCCAAAAUAUAAUAGAACAUCAUCAUGGAAUCCCUUUUUAUUCUUGGUUGUUCUCUUUGAUAUCUAUGUACACAUUAAUCGUAUAAGAAGCAAAAAAAAAAAAAAUAUAGAAGCAUGUAAAAAAUCAUUUUCCGUAAAAUAAAUUUGUAUUGUUAAUAUUCUCCUAUGAACAAAAAGAAGUGUACCACCAGCCAAGACGACCUAGGUUUAUGGAACGAAAUGUGUAUACAUUAAUAGGCAAUAGUAGAAUAUUUCAUAUUUGAAGCAAAAAAUUUCAAUGAGAGAUAUUAAUGAGAAGAAAAAGAUGAUGGUAAAACGGUUUGGAAUGCUUUUAAACUUAUAAUAUCAGUUUUGGCGGAUAUUUUGCUUUAACGAUAAGGAAACAAGAGAGAUGUCUUAUGACUUAUGAUUAAGGACUUGACUGCAAGGACAGAAAGAUUUAUAAAGAUUUAAAGUAUUUGAAAUUUCUCUUCAAUAUAAGUGUGGAACUAAAAAAACAUAAUUUUGAAUAUUCAUUUGGUAACACAACAAUACAUGUUUUUAUACGCGUAAAUCUACAAGAAACAACAAAUUAAAUUUAAAUUUUGAAUCGAUAGUAUAGUUCCAUAGUAAACAAUAUCAUUUAUAAAAAUUAUUCAAUUAUUAUAGAAUUAUGCAUAUUACUUAAAAACUUUGACUUUUAAUUUAUUUCGUAUAGAUGACAUAUUUAAAUAUAAUCAUAAUAAAACACUGAAUAUAUCUGAUACAAGGGUUCUACGUACUGACUUGUAUGCAUAUCAAAAUGAUAAAACGUGAAAUUUUUUCUCAUCCUUCAUUUUUAUUACCCGCCAAGCAUGUUUUUAGUAUAUACGAAGUAACGUGGUGGGUUUUGCACAAAAACAUUUUAUAUAAUUCUAUUCUAUUUAAAAAAAGAAAAAGAAAAAAAAAGAACAAAUGAUAUGCUGUGAAAAAAAAAAAUUAUUAAUUAUCUGACGUAUUAAAGUUCCUCUCUUGUGUCCGUUAUCCGAGCAUUAAUGCUGUGAUUUAGUAUUAUGGUAUUAAACGCAUUUAAAACCGUUUUUCCGUGCUGACACAAAUUAUAAUUUGAUACGUACGACGUUUCAAUAUUGGAAACAUGCCUGUAAAAGCGCGUACCAACGUGCAACAGCAUUGUCAAUCGAUUUACACUUUUUUGCCAGUUUGAGAAACGAAUGUGAUUUGAGAAACUCGUUAAUUGUAAAGGAAAUCUCGAAAACAAUCGAUUAUAUAGGCGCGCAUCGUAUCGUUGCAAGUAUCGAAUGUUAUGAUGCUUGGAACGAUAGGAAAAAAGCCUCGAUGGAAUAGAAAAUCAAUGUGCAAAACAUUCUUUACUACGUUGGGAUAUAAAUUCCAAAGUGGGGAGAAAAAAAAAUAGUUAACAAAAAUUGGCGGUGAUUUAUCGAGAUAAUUACGUAAGCGUUGUAUUUAUAACAGUUUAGAGAGAAACACUUGCAUAGUGUUUUUUCAUUGUGGCUCUAUCUUUUUACCGAUUAUACGUUUUUUUUUCCUCCCCCCCCUUUUUUUUCUUCAUAUGCGACGUUACUCGUAUUGUAAACGAAAAGAACGAAAAUAGAAAAACCAUUAAUUGGAUCACGAAUUUCGUACGAUAAAAUCGCAUAUGAAUUCCGUUCUAAUGUAAUAUUGUAAUCUUUUUUGUUUCUGUCUUUUUUAUUGUCUUUUUCUCUCUCUCUCUUUCUCUUUCUCUCUAUUUUUCCUCUUUUUCUCUCUUUCUUUCUUUCUCUCCCUUCUAUCUUUUUCUUUAUUUCUUCCUCUUUUUCUCUAUCUAUCGCUUUCUCUCUCUCUCUCUUUCUCUCUUUUUCUCUUCCUGUCUUCCUCUCUCUUUUUCUCUUCCUCUCUUCCUCUCUUUCUCUCUUAUAUUUUAUUAUUUUUUUCAUACGGGAACAUGUAAUUCAAUAAGUCGAACAGUAUUUCAAACACGUCAGUUUUGAAAAUCAGAAGAAUACUCUCCUACAUAUUCACCACAAAAUUUUACUUUUGUGUUAUAUAUGUUUGUUCGAUCACGGUUUUUUUUUUUUUUUUUUUCGUAAAGUUGUACAGACUAGGAAAGCAUUCAUAUUCUUGGUCUUACUGAAUUAUAAUUUAAAGCACCAUUAGAUCCGAUACUGGAAUCUAUAUUUUGUGAGAUAUAUUUUAAAUCAAUCUUUAAGGGAGUCAAGAAUGUAUUAAUAUAAGGGAAGAAAAGCGGGGAAAAAAAAUGUUCUUAAAAAACGUACUAUAUGAAAUUGUGCCUAAUAAUUUUACGUGUAUUUUGAUUACUCGAUAAUAACAUUAUUACAUACGCGCGUAUUUGUUUAACAAUUUUUUUUUUAUUUUUUCGCAAGUAUAUCAAACAUACGAUACGAAGACGAAAUAUGUUGUAAGAUAAUGCAAAAUCGUGAUUAAACACGCGAAUUAAUCGGAGCGAUCGAUUAUAAUGUUUAUCUUGACUCUUUUGAAAGACUGAUAUUCGUGUGAAAUAAAGGUAAUAAAUCUCAAGUAGCAGUUGGGUGAUAAAAAAAAAAAGAAAAAAAAUUGCUAAAUGCAAUGCUAUGCGUAUAGACUGAAGGAAUGGAAAAUAUAUAUAUUUGUUUUGUUCUAUAGUUAAAACUGAGUAAUGAGUAAUUUUAACAUUAACGUUACGUCAUAAUACACGUUGUACAUGAAAUUCGAAUCUUCGAAAACCGUAGGAUAUACAUGUACCACGUAUACACGUACAUGUAUCUUUCUUUGGAACGUGCGAGGAUCGAUUGUACAAAACGAUCAUAGUAACUUUGUUCUUUACCAUCUUGCGGGUAUUCCCUCAUGUCUGACGCAUAGAUGUAGUGUAUCCAAGUUGAAGUUCCUAUGCCUCAUCUUGGAGAAGGAAAUACCAUUGAUGUGAAAAACAAUUUGCGAGGGGCACGAUGUAAAAGUGCUAUGAUGGGAAAGCGAUGCGUAACAUCUGGAUUCGGGAAAUAUAUAUUAGAGAAACCCUUUUGACCAUCCUGAAAGGGUUUUUAAUCAUUUUUAAAUAUGUACGAUUCGUUUCGUAUUUAAUGAAGGGAAUAAUGAAAAUCGUUAACCUUCGUUCAAUUACAUUCAAUGCAUUGGUUUCGAUUCGAACGAGCUGCUGGACGCUAUAAAAUAAAAAAAAAAAAAAGAAAAAACAUACAUACAUUUCAGCAAUAGAGGAAGAACAUUAUUUGAUCUCGAGUAAACAUCAGAAAAAUAUUUUGUAGUUUCACGCGGCUCGUUUUAUAACGUUGGAAUAACAUCUCCAACGAUCCGUGCAGAAAUUAUUAAAAACAAGAAAGGAUGAAAGAUAAAAAAAAAAAAAAAGAAAAAGAAAAAAAAAGAUAGUAAGAAAAAUUCAGAAAAACACAAAAAGUACCGUCGAUAUUCUAUUUGACAAUUAUCGUAACUUAUUUCCAAAAAUCUUGUUUUUACUUCUUUAUAAAUAGUAUCUGAACGUUAAAGUAAUACUCGACGACGGUACGUAGAAACGCAUAUUUUUCAAAAUUACACACUAUUUUUUUCGUAUUUGUGAACAAUUCGAGAAAUAUUUUGUGACGCGUUUAAAUUGGUUUAUCCUUUGACAAAAAAAAAAAAAAAAUGAAAAAGAAAAAGAAAAGAAAAAAAAAAAAUUCGAAAUAAGAAUUCUCUUUGUAAAUGCAACUGGAACAAUAUCAUACAUUUGUUUUACAAUGUUUUAUAUAGGAAUACGUACACUUUCUAAGAUCUUAUGAUUUUACAAAAGCAAUAAAUGGCAUGCAUUAUAAAACAAAUGUAUGAUAUUGUUCCAGUUGCAUAAAUUAAAAGACUAAAAGAAAAAAAAUCACAAAAAAAAAAAAAAGAAAAAUUAUAAGAAAAAAUCGUAUGAUCUCUGCAUGAUCGUAUGUGUUGGUCGAAUGUUUUUUGUAUCUGAAAUUUUUAAGCAUUUCUGUAACUUGAAAAUCCUCCUCCCUCUCUCUGUUAUGUUGUUAUGUACGUUCGAUGAUAUGCAAAUUAUGCGAAAGCAAAAUCAAAGAAAAAGCAAAAAGGAGAAAUUAUUCCAGGAACGUAAAUUGUUUAUUUCUCAAUUGUAAAGAUAGAUUUUGUGUCUGAAUUAUGAAAAGAACCUUUUUUAUUUGUUUUUUAUUUCUCCAAAGCACAGAUUCGAUUUGAUGAAAAAGAAAAAAAGAAAUAAUAAAAUUAAAACGCAUGUCAAUUUGUUUUCAAAAGGAACAAAAUAGCAAAGAAAAUUUGGUCCUUAAUAAAAUUUCCGGUUCAAUAUA